AUGCAUGAUUAUGUAUACCUGCAUUGUAAUAAGUUCAAAGAGGCAGCAGCUAAAUAUGAUCAUAUUGAUUAUCUAGUGGACGACUCAAUAUUAACUUUACAGUUGAAUGCUAAACAGAAAUACAGUUUAGAGUAUACAUCAACUGCAAUUGAUGAAGUUGAUGAUGAGGGUAUAGAUGAUGAUUUUAGAACAUUCGCAACAGAAAACCACGAAUUUGUAAAAUAUUUAGGCCAAACAUUUGUCGAUUAUUUCUUAAAAUUAGAGAUACAGUUUAUGGAGUUCACAUCAAGUAAUUUUGAAGAGCUUAAUCAAGACAAUAAGGAAAGUUUAGCAUUAUUAAUACAACAAUUAUAUGAAAAAGGCGACAAGGUUGAGAAACUUGAACCACCAAGGUUCAAUGAGGUUCAAUUUACUAGUAACUAUAUAAGUGAACUAAAGGAACUAAUAGAUAAUUUCAAUACCAAUUUUGAACAGUACAUAAAUGAAACAUAA